UCUCGACAACUACUUCUGCAGUCCCUACCUCUUCCAUGACUACGUCAGCUGUUUCCACCACUUCCACGACUACUUCUCCAGUUCCCAUCAUCUCCAUGAGUACAACUACAGUCCCCACCACUUCCACAACUACGUCUGCUGACUCCACCACCUCGACGACUAAAUCUGCAGUCCCCAACACUUCAAUGACUACUUCUCCAAUUCCCAUCAUCUCCACAACUACGUCUGCUGUCCCUACCACUUCCACAACUACUUCUCCGGUUCCCAUCAUCUCCAUGAGUACAUCUACAGUCCCCACCACUUCCACAACUACGUCUGCUGUCUCCACCACCUCGACGACUAAAUCUGCAGUCCCCAACACUUCAAUGACUACUUCUCCAAUUCCCAUCAUCUCCACAACUACGUCUGCUGUCCCCACCACUUCCACAACUACUUCUCCGGUUCCCAUCAUCUCCAUGAGUACAUCUACAAUCCCCACCACUUCCACAACUACGUCUGCGGUCCCCAACACUUCCACGACUACUUCCCCCAUUCUGAUCAUCUCGACAACUACUUCUGCAGUCCCUACAACUUCCACGACUACGUCUGCUGUUCCCACCACCUCCACGACUAUUGCUCCAGUUAGCAUCAUCUCAACGACUACUUCUGCAGUCCCUAGCACUUCCAAGACUACUUCUACAAUUCCCAUCAUCUCCACAACUACGUCUGCUGUCCCGACCAUUUCCUCGACUACUUCUCCAAUUCCCAUCAUCUCCACAACUACGUCUGCUGUCCCCACCACUUCCCCGACUACUUCUCCAGUUCCGAUCAUCUCCACAACUACGUCUGCUGUCCCCACCACAUCGACAACUACGUCUGCGGUCCCCAACACUUCCACGAGUACAUCUACAGAACCCACCACUUCCACAACUACUUCAACAGUCCCCACCAGUUUCACAACUACGUCUGCUGUCCCCACCACUUCCACGACUAAAUCUGCAGUCCCUACCACUUCCACGACUAUGUCUGCUGUUCCCACCACUUCCACGACUACUUCUCCAGUUCCCAUCAUCUCAGCGACUACUUCUGCAGUCCCCACCACUUCCACGACUACUUCUGCAGUUCCCAUCAUCUCUACGACUCCUUCUGAAGUCCCGUCCACUUCCACAACUACUUCUGCAGUCCCUACCACUUCAGCGACUACGUCUGCUGUUCCCACCACUUCCACAACUACUUCCCAUCAUCUCUACGACUCCUUCUGA